AUGGCUUCAAGGUUGAGAGACCUCACAAGAAUGAGCCCUCUUAUGCUCUUUGGUUCCAAAGUGAAUGAAGAUCCACAAGAGUUCGUGGAAGAGAUCUACAAGAUAGUUGAUGCUAUGGGGAUGACUUCCAUAGAGAAAGCCGAACUAGCCACUUAUCAAUUCAAGGAUGUGGCCCAAGUAUGGUAUAAUCAAUGGAAGGAUAAUAGGACUAUAGGAGCGGGUCCCAUAGAUUGGGAAGUAUUCAAGAAAGCAUUCCUUGAUAAGUUCUUUCCACGGGAAAAGAGGGAAGCAAAGGUGGAGGAAUUUAUCAACCUUUGUAAAGGAGGUAUGAGUGUCCAAGAAUAUUCUUUGAAAUUCACUAUGUUUUCCAAGUAUACCCCGUCCUUGGUAUCUAAUCUGAGGGAUGAGAUGAGUCAAUUUGUGACGAGUGUGUCCGACUCCAUUGAAGAAGAAUGUUGUGCGGUAAUGCUCCAUGAUAAUAUGGAUAUCUCAUGUCUAAUGGUGUAUGCUCAACAAGUUGAGGAUACAAGGCCUAGGAAGAAGUAUAGAGAGUACGGUAAGAAGCAUGAUGGUAAAUGUCUUGCCGGCAUGGGUGUGUGCUAUGGUUGUGGAAAGACUGGGCAUCAAUUGAAAUAUUGCCCAAUUCGUACGGCCAAAGGGAGAGAUGAUAAGCAAACUCCUCCGAGUGUUUCAAACUCUGAUACUCCCAAGAAGAACCGCUUCUAUGCUCUUCAAUCCCGAGGUGACCAAGAGAGUUCCCCGGAUGUGGUGACAGUUGGAAAGCAAAAAGGCAAAGCGCCAAUGGGAGUUGAACCAGAUGCAGUUGACGAGUUAAUUGCCAGAAAGGGCAGCAAUGUGGAGCAUAAGUAG